AUGGAUGAGCACAUAGCCGCCUACCUGGAGGAGCACGUCCCGCUCGGCAUCAGUAAGGAGGCUGGCGACAUUGCCAAGCGGGUGUCCUACCGUCAGGCCCAAGGCCCUAGUGUCUUCGAAGAAAGGCUCUUCGCGCUGUCGGUCGUGCCCCCCGCCACCGGCACGACGCUACUCCAUGAAGAGCUUCCGCCCGUGCCACUCACAAGCGCGCCGGACUGCGGCCCGGCCUCCAGGGCCCAUUUGUUGCUGGCGCUGGAGCCUCAGGCGGGUAGGUGGGUCACGGAGUUCAAGGACUACUUGCUUCACGACACCUUGUCGGAAGAAGAUGCAGAGGUAGAGCGCGUGGCCUGGCAAGCCACAGCUUAUUGCCUACAAGACGACGAACUGUACCGCAAGCGCCCCAAUAACGUCUCGUUGCGGUGCAUUUCAGAGGAGCAAGGAUGCGAGCUACUAGCUGACAUCCAUGGGGGAGAUUGCGGGCAUCAUUCCUUGUCGCGCACCCUCAUGGCGGGCGGUUAUCGCUACCUCUACGUCACCAUCGACAAGUUCACCAAGUGGGAGGAGGUGGAGCCCAUGCGCACCAUCCCGGCAGGCUCGGCCGUCAAGUUCAUCAGAGGCCUCAUAUGCUACACUUCAGUGGAGCACCCGCAGACCAAUGGCCAGGCGGAGCACGCCAACGCGGAAGUCCUCAGGGGCCUCAAUACCAAGAGCUUCAAGAAGAAGCGUGAGGCUUGCGGCAAGGGCCGGCUCGAUGAGCUGCAGUCCGUGAUGUGGUCCAUCCGCACCACUACAAACGAAGCCCAUCGGUGA